UCUCGUGGAACAAACGAGACGAUCGGGAUAUCUUGAAAGGCGCGGGUAAACAAACUGACGUACGUGAAAUCCUCCAGCGUGAAAUGCAUUCCGACGCGUACCUCCUACGUCCUGGCCGAAGAAGAGGAUACUCGGUGCUCUUAAACCGGCUCUUUAGAGCCGGCCGUAAAAAUAGCGCAUUUCGAGAUUGCAAAGAGGGAUUCAGCAAGCAGGUUUCCUCGGAGGGAUGGGGAGGGCGCGUGUAAGAAACUGCGAUGCCAAUGCGAUUUGUCAUUUCAGCCAUGGCGACUUGGAUUAUCCUGACUUGGCUGGUGAGUUUAUCGUCGGCCGUUCCCUCGAAUCGAGUACCGGUCCGAGAGAUCCUGCCGCCUCCGCCAUCGUGGGACCACCAUCAGCAGGAGCGCGGGUUCCCUCCCUCGUUUCAGAGAAGCGCCGUCGAAAGUUUGCCGACCCCGACGACGGCCUCCGGCCGUCUGUCAAAUGAUUUAGAUUACGAUGAGUUCGGCUCGCACAGAUAUCCCCUGCGCGACGCGGUCGAAUCGCUGCCGGACAACGUGUUGCACGCCGAAUCGAAUCCGUGGUUCCGAGACAGCCUCGAGAGCGGGAAUGUAAGACUGCCCUUGAGAGAUGCAGUGGAGCAUCGUGAGGCGCCUUUUCUUGCUGUCGAUCCGGAUCACGAGGCGAUUUGGAUCGAGCCUGUGGCACCGCCGACCUUGCGAAGAAUGCAGCAGAUUCUCGAACCAAAGAUUGUCUGCCGCUUCGAUUCUAGAGCCGUUCAUAGAACAGAACCGUUCUCUUUGUAUCCGGAAAAUAUCCCUGAUUACAAGUGUACUCAUCUGAUAUAUUCCGCAGCUACUAUCGAUAGAAAAGACUUUGUUGUUCCCAGUGAUCCAGAUUAUGAUCGAAUUAAAGGCGGUUACAAUGCUGCUACGAGACUUCGGUUGAAGGAUCCAGCGCUGCGCGUAUUGAUAUCCAUUCAGCCGAGUUUGCAUUACAGCCUGAUUAUCCAACAAAAAGCCAAUUUCUCAAAUUCUGACUUCACAUUGCGAGAAUCUAUCCUCAAAUUCCUGGAGGAGUAUCGCUUCGACGGUAUCGAGCUCGACUGGCCGACCGCCGUUCAAGACUGGCCGCAAUUUAAGAUUCUGUUGAAGAUGAUCAGUGCUCCAUUAGUCAAAAAGGGAUACACCCUCGCGGUGGCGUUGAAAUCAGAAGACCCUUUGGAUUCGGAGCUCGCGUCGCUCGUCGAUCUGAUAAUCUUGAAAAGCUGGCGAGAUGUCCGGCCGCCUUGUUCUCUUUGCGAGAAAAUGGACCAAUCCGCCCUUCAUCCGGGCCCUUUGAGUUUCGUGCAAAACGUGAGCAAAUGGAUCGAACAGAUCGGCGCCGAGCAACGAUCGAGGAUCGUUCUUGCUAUACCUAUUUUUGGCCAGGGAUAUACCUUCAAAUUCGAUAAUCUCACCGAUAUUGGCGCGCCCAUUCAGAACCCUGGCAAACAGGGUGCUUACACUAAAUGGAAAGACGGAAAAUUGGCUUAUUACGAGGUGUGUGAGAAAUUGGAAAGAGGUUUGUGGCUCUCUGGCAGGGACGAGGAAGGAUCGUAUGUGAAACGUGGCGAUCAGUGGAUCGGUUAUGAUGAUCCUAUAUCGGUUAAAAUUAAAAUAGCAUUUGUCCGGGCGAUGGGGCUCGGUGGGGUUUCGUUGUGGUCGCUGGAUCUUGAUGAUUUUCAAGGAAUCUGCGGAAAUCCUUGGCCGAUGCUGAACGCCGCCGUACGAUCCUUAGGACAUUACGAGGCUCUGACGAAAAAAUGUUCGAAGGAUGGUCUCUCCAGGGAUCCAGAAAAUUGUUCCGCGUUUUAUUCCUGCGUCAAAGGAGUGUUGCAUCAUGGUCACUGCGGAUAUAGCCGGCUCUUUGAUCCGAUACAAGGACGUUGUGUGGCCGCUACGCUGAUGAAAUCUCCGAAAGUCUGCAAACUCAAUGUCUUCGACAAAAUCAUCGGUCAAGAUAUAUCUUCAACCACAACACCGAAAAAAGUGUUGCGACAAGCUGGUCCGCGAGUGGUAUGUUACAUGACAUCCUGGGCAUUGUACCGCAAAGGAGACGGCAAAUUUGUGCCAGAAAAUCUGGAUUCGCAACUUUGUACCGACAUCAUCUACGCCUUUGCCGGAUUAAAUCCCGAGACGCUGUUAGUUCAGCCAUUUGAUCCUUGGGCCGACGUCGAAAACAAUCUUUAUCAGCGAGUAACGUCGAUCGAAGGGGCAAGGAUAUUGUUAGCUUUGGGAGGAUGGACCGACAGUUCCGGCGACAAGUACUCUCGAUUGAUCAGCAGCGGUGCCGCUCGUCGUAAAUUCGUCAUCACCACGGUGAACUUCCUGAAAAAGCACAACUUUGACGGUCUCUCGCUCGAGUGGAGUUAUCCCAAGUGCUGGCAGAGUGAUUGCAAGAAGGGCCCAGAUUCCGAUAAGCCAAACUUCACUAAAUUAAUACAAGAGCUGAGGGAGGAGUUCAAUAAGCAGGAAUCGCCUCUUCUCCUGGCUGUUGCCCUGUCGGGAUACAAAGAGGUCAUCGACAAGGCGUACGAGGUGCGCGAAAUUUCACGAGCCGUCGAUUUCAUGUCGGUCAUGACGUAUGAUUAUCAUGGAGCGUGGGAAUCUAAAUUGGCACACAUAGCGCCCUUGUUCGGGUCACCAGGCGACAGCAAUCCGUAUUACAACGUCAACUUCACUAUGAACUACCUCGUCGAUCUGGGCGCUGAAAAAUCUAAACUCCUAGUUGGUAUCCCUCUAUAUGGACAAUCUUACCGACUCUCGACAGCGAGCCAAGCCAGUCUGGGUGAUCCCACGACCGGUCCCGGCAAACCGGGAGAAUUCACUAAACAGCCUGGAAUGUUAGCGUAUUACGAGAUUUGCGAAAGAAUCAAACGGCGCGAUUGGAAGGUUGGAGUUGGACCCAGUGCUCAUUUCGAAGAUCAAUGGGUGGGUUAUGAAGAUCGAGAGAGCGUCUACGCUAAGGGCAAAUACAUAAUGGGAAAUCAGUAUGGCGGAGCUACAAUGUGGACCGUUGAUUUAGAUGAUUUUCAGAAUCUCUGUUGCUUGGAGUCAUAUCCUCUGUUGAAAACUAUAAAUCGCGCGCUAGGUCGUUUGUCGGCAUCUGUCUCGGAGGGCUGCCAACGUCCAUCGCAACCGGUGACACCACAAGCACCGACAUUGACUACUCACAGCGAUGCAAAUGAUGGCAAUCCGCGACCCACCACGCCGAUGACGACGUCUAGCACUAAAGCUACCACGUGGCCUACGUGGACAGAGAAACCGAGCACUACGACCCAGAAGACGACUAGGACUACGUGGCCCACGUGGACUUGGACCAGUCAGAAGACCACUAAAAUCCCGGAAAGUACAGUGAAGCCUCCAAAACCGAGUACAACACCUAGCAGCACCACUACAUCGAGCGCACCGCCGAUGAUUACGACGACGCGGAAACCGAUCGCCGCCACGCCGGGAAUGAACUGCACAAGCGGCGAGUAUUACAGCGAUCCCGUAAAUUGCGGAAAUUAUUACAGAUGUGUCCGCGGCGAAUUGAAGCGCGAACAGUGCGCGCCAGGAUUGCAUUGGGACGCGAGUCGAUAUCUUUGCGAUUGGCCAUCGGCGGCAAAGUGUCAAGUAGCAACUGGUUCGACGACAGGCAGGCCUUCGGAGAGCUCAACGAAACCAUCCAUUACGACUGUUAAAAUGACCACGCCGACAUCAACGAGAACAACGACGACGACAAGAAUGACGACAACAACGACGAGAACAACGACGAUGUCAACCACGAAAUUCACCACCACGGGACUAACGGAAACGCCGCAAAAACCAUGCAAACAUGGACAAUAUUAUCCCUAUCCAAAUUCGUGUACAAGCUUCCUGGUUUGCGUAAACGGCGACCUCGUCUCGCAGCAGUGCGGUCCAGGCUUAAAUUGGAACAUCGAGAAAAAUAUGUGCGACUGGGCCUUCAAGAAUCCGUGCGACGAUAAACCGCACAAAAACGCUCUGCUCGUAGAAAAAGACACCGUCCCGACUACCUGCGUCUCCGGCAGCUACAGCAGCGUACCGGGUAAUUGUAAGAGCUACCAGGCGUGCCUUUGGGGUCGCCAGGAAAUAUUCAGCUGCGCGCCGGGCUUGCACUUCAACAGGGAGACCCGUAUUUGUGAUUGGCCGUCCCGUGCGAAGUGCAUGGACGACGAUAGCGACAGGGAAAGCACCACGCAGCCGGCAACGACAACGGCAUCCUCUCGGCCAUCAGUUUCCGCAUUUCCGCAGAAGCCGAUCACCCAACCGACAUUUAGCACGGAAGGGGUAACGGUUACAUCGACCACAAAUCAGCUACCUACCUCGACCUUGCCUCCAGCGAUCAUAGACCCCGACAAGGUAUCUCCGUUAUCCGGUUACUAUAAGAUUGUGUGCUAUUUCACCAACUGGGCCUGGUACCGUCGCGGGAUUGGUCGUUACCUGCCGGAGCACAUCGAUCACACUCUGUGCACGCAUAUCGUAUACGGUUUCGCGGUGCUGGAUUAUUCUGAACUGGUGAUCAAGGCGCACGACUCCUGGGCGGACUAUGACAAUCGUUUUUACGAGCGAGUAGUGGCGUAUAAGAAGCGGGGCCUUAAGGUGCUCCUCGCGCUGGGUGGAUGGAACGAUUCGGCCGGCGAUAAGUACAGUCGAUUGGUGAACAGUCCGACCGCCAGGAAAAAGUUCAUUGAUCACGCCAUUCAGUUUGUCGAGAAGUACGGCUUUGAUGGAUUGGACUUGGAUUGGGAAUAUCCCGUUUGCUGGCAGGUGAAUUGCAACAAAGGUCCGGACUCCGAUAAAGACAGCUUUGCAGCCUUAUUACAGGAAUUAAGCGCCAGGUUCAAACCGAAAGGAUUACUCCUCUCUGCAGCGGUAUCUCCGAGCAAGAAGGUGAUCGACAAGGGCUACGAUGUGCCAGCGAUGGCCAGAUAUCUAGAUUGGAUUGCCAUCAUGACAUAUGACUAUCACGGACAAUGGGACAAGCGAACUGGUCACGUUGCGCCUUUAUAUUAUCACCCGGACGACGAAUUCUAUUACUUCAAUGCUAAUUAUUCGAUCAACUAUUGGAUCUCGAAGGGCGCGCCACCCAGAAGCAUCGUUAUGGGCAUGCCGUUGUACGGGCAAUCCUUCACCAUCAACGACCCAAGCGCUGGGACCGGUCUGAAUUCGCCAGCUAGCGCCGGGAACGCCGGGGAGUUCACCAGAGCUGCCGGUUUCCUGUCUUACUAUGAGAUCUGUGAUCGAGUGCGUAAUCGCGGUUGGACGGUGGUGCAAGAUUCGGAGCGCAGAAUGGGUCCAUACGCCUAUAAAGGCAGUCAAUGGGUCAGCUUUGACGACACGGAGAUGAUUAGGCGGAAGGCGCAAUUCGUGCGCGACAUGGGGCUGGGUGGCGGCAUGAUAUGGGCUCUGGAUCUGGACGAUUUCCGUGGACGAUGCGAUGACGGUCCUCAUCCGUUGUUGCACGCGAUCCAGCGGAUGCUGGCGGAACCGCUCAAUGAGCACGACAGGCCCAUAGAGUGGAAGCCGCCACCGUUACCGAUGACGACGUCGACUGUCAUCAAGCCCACGCAGGCGACACGGCCGACCACGGUGGCGGAUCGCGUUACGCAAGACGGUUCCAAGAGUGAAUUCAAGGUCAUCUGCUAUUUCACUAAUUGGGCCUGGUAUCGACAAGAGGGUGGCAGAUUUGUCCCGGAGGAUAUAGAUCCAGAUCUCUGCACCCACGUGCUUUACGGAUUCGCAGUGCUGGAUGGCAGUAGCUUAACGAUGAAGUCCCACGAUCCUUGGGCCGAUAUAGACAAUAAGUUUUACGAGAGAGUGGCGGCAUUCAAGGCGAAGGGUCUGAAGGUGCUGAUGGCGCUUGGUGGUUGGAACGACUCGGCUGGCGGCAAGUACAGCAGACUGGUGAACUCGCCGUCGGCUAGACAAAAAUUCAUUGCGCAAGUUCUUUCCUUCAUCGAGAAGUAUGGAUUUGAGGGCCUUGAUCUCGAUUGGGAGUACCCGGUAUGCUGGCAAGUGGAUUGCAACAAAGGUCCGGAAUCCGACAAGGAAAGCUUUGCUGAAUUGGUGAAGGAAUUAAGUGACGAGUUCAAGCCGCGAGGUUUGCUUCUCUCCGCGGCUGUCUCGCCGAGUAAGAGAGUGAUCGACGCUGGAUACAACGUUCCCGUUUUAUCCAAGAACCUGGACUGGAUAUCAGUGAUGACGUAUGAUUUUCAUGGUCAAUGGGACAAGAAGACUGGUCACGUGGCACCGUUGUAUCCUCUUCUGAACGACUGGGAACCGACGUUCAAUGCCAACUUUUCGAUUCAUUAUUGGAUAGAGAAAGGUGCAAAUCCGAAGAAGUUAGUUAUGGGUGUUCCAUUGUACGGUCAAUCGUUUUCACUUGCGGAAAGGAAUAUGCAUGACUUAAACGCUCCAACUUAUGGCGGUGGCGAAGCUGGAGAAGCGACUAGGGCAAGAGGCUUUUUAGCAUAUUACGAGAUAUGUGAAAGAACACUGAAAAAAGGAUGGACAGUUGUUCAAGACAAAGAAAGAAGAAUCGGCCCAUAUGCUUACAAAGGUGAUCAAUGGGUAGGCUUCGACGACGCUCAACAAGUCAAGCUGAAGGCAGAAUUGAUUAAGAAACUCGGCCUCGGCGGCGGAAUGGUUUGGGCCUUGGAUCUGGACGAUUUCAAAAAUAGAUGCGGCUGCGAGCCCAGUCCACUCUUGAGAACGAUGAAUCGAGUUUUGAGGAACUACCCGAAGGGCCCACUGUGUCCUGUUACGGGAGAAACGAUCAUGACUGACGUCAGUCAAAUCGGCAUUGAAUCCACAACUGUUACGACAACUGAAAUCGAUCCAAUAUACGAAUCCACCACAUCAUCAAGACCAGUCUAUCUCCCACCAAUAACCACAACAAUGGCAACUGAAUCGGAUAUCGAUGACACUGUCGAGAUCGAAGCCAGUCCGCCACCUCCGGCAGACUGCGCCGGACAAUUGUUCAUACCGCACAAAGAUGAUUGCACCAAGUAUUAUCUGUGCAACUUCGGCAAGAUCUCGGAACAGUCCUGUCCACCCGGACUCUACUGGAACGAAGACCGAUGCGACUGGCCGGAGAACACCAGGUGCAAGGCCGCUCAACGUCAAAUAUCGCCGAAAUUCAGAAUCGCCGAGAAUGUAAGGGAAAAGAAAGUGAUUUGUUACUACACAAAUUGGGCUUGGAGACGAGAGGGCUUCGGCAAAUUCUUGCCCGAGGACAUCAACGGACAACUCUGCACGCACAUUGUCUACGCUUUCGCCACGCUGGAGGCGGAGACAUUUACGUUAAAUAUCGACGAUUCCGCCGACAUGUUCAGGAGUUUUCUGCACAAAGCGAUGGAUGUUAAAAGAAGAAACGACGUUAAGAUAUUGCUCGGUCUAGGUGGAUGGAAUGACUCGAAGGACGACAAGUACAGCAGAUUGGCCGGUAGUUUGCAGUCGAUUAAAAACAAAUUUGUCAGACAUGUAAUUGAAGUCGUCGAGGGAUACGGAUUCGAUGGUCUUGACCUUGAUUGGGAGUUUCCGGUAUGCUGGCAGGGCGACUGUAGCCGCGGUCCUCAGCGGGACGGUGAAUUCUUCAUCGGAUUGCUUCAAGAUCUCAACGAAGCGUUCACGUCUAGAGGACUUUUAUUGUCCAUCGCGGUCUCGGCGAACAAGAUCGUCGUCGAUCGAGGUUACACUCAGAUCCAACGUUUAAUACGAUACGUGGAUUGGAUCAACGUGAUGGCGUACGACUACCACAACGGUUGGGGAAGCGAAACCGGCCACGUCGCGCCGCUCUAUCGUCAUCCUAGCGAUCGGAGCCUCCUGAACGCGAACUUCUCCGUGACGUACUGGAUCCGCAAGGGUGUGCCAGCCGAGAUGAUCGUUCUGGGUAUACCCACUUACGGAUCGAGUUUCACCCUGUCCGAGAAGUCACACCACCAAGUGCCGGGCUUCCAUGCGAAUGUCUCUGGACCUGGAGAGCCUGGCAGGUUCACAAAAUCGGCCGGUUUCCUAGCUUAUUACGAGAUAUGCGACAACGUGAGGAACGACGGCUGGUUCGUGACGAAGGAUCAGAAGGGUCGUGUGGGACCAUAUGCGUCAAAACGCGAUCAAUGGGUCAGCUACGACGAUGUGUCCAAUGUAGCGAGAAAGGCCAAGCUGAUAAAGGAGCUGAAUCUCGGCGGCGGAAUGAUCUGGUCCGUCGAUCUGGACGAUUCCAAGGACUUGUGCGGCUGCGGAAAGUAUCCGUUGUUGACGGCUCUAAAUCGCGGACUCGGAAGAGGAUUCGGAAUGGACGCAAUGGACUGCACUUGAAUUAUCAUCUCGCGAUAACGCGUGAAAGGGCGGUAUAUGCGUGUCUCGAAGGGACACCUCUUUUAUCGCUCGUGAAUUCGACCCUUUAUUCGGCAACGUCGCCUCUUUUUUAUCUAUUCCACAUUAUUCGCAAUUGAAUUCUUAUCAACAUUUAUUGUCAUGAUAUAAAUAUUGCAAUUCUUUUCUCAGUUCAAACAGCGGCAUACAAGCGUCAGCUGUUUUCUCACAUUGUGCGUUUGAUGAAUAUGUCUUCUGCCGAAUAAAGGGUUAAUAUUAAAUAUAUUAAAUUGCGCAAGUUGCUCAAUGCGAACAAAAAGAUCGUAUUAUAUCAUUUACAGCAGACUACUUUUUUUUUUUGAAAAAAAUAGAAUAUCUCGACGGAGUCAGCUCGAGUGCCAUCUCAGUGCGAAGAUUUCAUUAUCGCGACACGCCGACGUAUAAACUCCACCCUAAUGUCGUCCCAUUUCCUAUCGCUAAAAUGACGAAUCAUUUUAGCAGCUUGCUGGAUUAACAUGGAAAUUUUCGGGCGAUUAUGCAAGACACUCAUCGCGCGAUAUUUAAAUCGGAUAAAAAUUCACGCGGUAGAUAAGAUAUUACGAAUUUACGUUAAUGCGUUAUAAGGCGUGCGUGUGCCGCAAUAACGCGCAUUGCGACAUUCUUCUUCCGGAUGACGUGAAUGCGAGCAUUGUGAAGGAUGAGAGGAGGUGAUGAGAGGAGGAAGAGAGAGAGAGAAGGGUCGUACGGAAGCGAAAUGCUCAUGCUCAUCUCUUUCCAACAUAUUGCGCGGUCAUGGUUUCACGUCAUCUGCGAAGAUUAAAACCCUCGGUUUCUAGCAUAAGUAUCUUAUAAUUAAGAUUGUAAUCGCGUCCUGCCACGAACAUUGCAUUUGUCAAGAAUACGACUGAUCAUGUUUCCCUCCGGAAUAAUGAAGAUCAAUAAAAAUAAUAAAUUAUAUGUGACUACCAUUUACAUAAACGCACUGCCACACACUCACGACAAUUAUAUCUGAAUAUAUAAUAUAUCGAGUAAGACAGAGUACGACUGAAUACUGGUCAGACUGGUGUCCAUAAUACUCAUAAAUAAUGCUC